AUGACUGCCGACAUCAUUCCUUCCAAAGGGGUGGCCAUCUCAAUUUUCUGGGCCUCAGACGUGGACUGGUCAAUAUUAGAACAGCAUCCCGAAAAGUACAUCAAGCACCUCUCCCAAGAGCAUAUCGAUGAGAUAGAUGCUGCCAUCAAGAAUUGGAAGAAGCAAUCCCUUCUUCUUUCCAGUAUUAGUCGAUCGAACUUUCAGCUUCCCAUCCUCGGGCCAAUACUGCGCGGAGUAUCCGAUCAAAUCUACAACGGCAUCGGGGUUCAGAUUCUCAGAGGGUUCCCGGUCCAGAAGUAUGACAAGACGGACCAAAUCAUUGCGUUUCUCGGAAUCAAUGCUUGGGUCGGUGAUCGACGUCUCAACCAGGGAGCAGACCGAGCAAUAUGCCACAUCAAGAGCAUUUCGCAUUUGGACCCAGAAAACCGUGGAAAGAUCUAUGUUUCUGCUCAAGACACCAACGCACAAUUCUUUCACAGCGACGCCGGUAGUGAUGUAGUGGGACUCAUGGCUGUGAGCCUUUCAGGUCACGGAGGUGCAUCGACUGUCGUCAGCGCUGAACAAGUGUACAACCAUCUUGCCAUACAUCGACCUGACAUUGUCCGGCUUCUGGCCGAGAAGAAGUUUCGCUGGAGAGCCAACGGCAUACCUGACGAUGGGGUGCAUUUGGUUCACAACAAAGGCGGCCGCCUAUUUCUCAAUUUCUCGACACGGACUUUCAUUGGCUAUGGAGAGAUGCCCGAUCGGGAUGCGGAUUACCCACCAUUGUCCUUCCAAGAGCGAGAGGCCUUUGCGAGAUGGCAGUGGGUGGCCGACGAGUACAGUCUCAAGACAGACCUUCAAGUAGGUGAUAUUGAAUGGGUGAACAAUCUUCACCUUCAACAUGCACGCCGCGGCUUUACCGAGGACAUCACGUAUCCUAGACAUCUGAUCCGGAUCUGGCUGAGCGAUAGUGAAAACUCGCCCGAGCUUCCUGAAGACAUCAAGCGGAAGUUCGACGCCAUGUUUGCCGAGGAUCCGAAUUUCUUUCCACUGAUCGAGGAGGACUUGAGGCGGAGGCAGAGCGGGAUCUUCACCGGCUCGUGUAAGCAAGAGACAGCUGACGAGAGGCUGCAAAGCGGGGGCAUUGAAGCGUUGAACUCCCGAGUAGUCCGUUAG